AUGCAGCCGCCGAUGAGCCCGGAUGUGGGCUCGAGCCGCGCGACGAUCCCCGGCAUGGCGCAGACGAACCCGAUCACCGGCACGCCCAACACAAAGUCGGCCGAGUGGACGGGCUGGCGACCGUCUUCAUCAGCCGAACGCCAGAGCGGCCCCUCCAACGAGCGCCCCAACAACGCCCCGUCAAACGACAGCGCCGAGCGCUACACGCGUACCCAGCUAUCACGUGAAGCGCCCGCCCUGCGACAUCCCGUCUUCCCCACCACCCCGCCACCGCCGCAGUACACCGUCGUCGUGUCGGAGAAAGCCACCAGCACGCAGGAGACGUCGCUGCGCGAGAGCAAGUUCUACCUGUUCCGGCUUGAGGGCGCCCCAAUUUGCGCAUUGUUGUACACGGUGAUGGCGGCGUUGGCCGUUGUGAUGAUCGCCUUCCUCGUCACCGGGUUGAUCGUCGCCUUCGAUUUCAGUGCGACCAACGGAAUGACACGCCAGGGCAUGACGUGGCAGGACUUGCGCGACAAGGUCGACACCCUCGGCGAGGCCAAGACGUUCACGCCCAGCCGGUCGACGGUCCCU